AUGUUAUCGAGAGUUCCUAGGAUCAGCAGAGCUAAAGGCACAUUAUUGCCGAGGUAUAGCUAUAGCCUUGCUGCAGGACGGAGCUUCCACAACACCGCUAUUGUCCGAAACUACGACUCAACACUGAAGAACUUGAAGAUCGGUAGCCAUACACGCGUGAUAUUCCAAGGCUUCACAGGUUCGGUUUUCCUUUCAUUCCUAUACGCCGAAACACCCGUUGAUAAUGCGAUACAGGGAGACAGGCAAGCAACUGCCAACGCCAAAGAGUCCAUAGCAUGGGGCACCAACAUUGUCGGUGGCGUGAGGCCCGGCCGCGAAGGCGAGCAUCUGGGCUUGCCCGUUCUGCCCACAGUUCGCAAGGCGAUGGAAGUCCUCAAGCCCGAUGCGACGGGCAUAUACGUCGCUGCACACCAGGCCACCGCGGCCAUUGAAGAGGCCAUCGAGGCCGAGGUGCCGCUCAUCGUCGCUGUCGCGGAGCAUAUCCCAUUGCAUGACCUGCUUCGGAUACACUCCGUUCUGAAGACGCAGUCUGCUUCAAGGUUAGUGGGCGCAAAUUCACCAGGAAUUAUAUCCUCGGUGGGAAAAUGCAGGAUAGGUUUCCAGCCGUUGCCUUGUUUCGAGCCUGGACGUAUAGGCAUUGUGGCUCGAUCGGGGACUCUAAGCUAUGAAACUGCUGCAUCUACGCUCAGAUCCGGCCUGGGUCAAAGCAUGUCCAUCGGAGUAGGAGGCGACGUGCUCCCAGGCACGACUCUGAAAGAUGGUUUACAGAUCCUCGUCGAGGAUAAGGACACAGAAGCGAUUGCCCUUAUUGGCGAAAUUGGCGGUGACGCCGAGAUCGAAGCCGCCGACUGGAUCAUGGUAUACAGGUCGAGAACUGAGAAGCCGAAACCUAUCGCCGCCAUAAUAGGAGGCAUCAACGCCGUCCCCGGCCGCAUCAUGGGCCACGCCGGCGCCUUCACCUUACCCGGCGAACCCUCCGCCCUAGCCAAGGUCGAAGCCCUAAAGGCAGCCGGAGCAACCAUAAUAAACCACCCCUCGAGGUUCGGGCCAGUGUUGAAGGCCAUGCUUGAGGGCUCGAAGCCCUCCGGCGGUGGUGUCUCGCCACCCGGCAGCCCGAACCAACGAAGGGGUAUGCACACCAUGGCGGCUCAUCGACCCCUUUCAACACGUGAAGCCUUCCGACAUGUGAAGCCCAGAACCCAAAAGCGAAGCAUCUACUUGACUCAAAGCACAGCCCUCGACCUCCUCCGUCAGCGCGGCAUCCCCGUCAUCGACGACCUCGACUCCCUCACCGGCCCGCGCCGCCUGCUAGCGGUGACCGUGAACCGCUCCACGCGAAACCCCUGCAUCAUCGCCUCCCCAUCCACGGACGCCGUCGCGUCCAAGAAGUUCGACUUCGACUACGGCACCAGGGGGCAGGACCUGCCCCUGCCCGCCAUAGCGGCCCAUCUCGGCCUCGACGCAAACAGCACCGACUCGCUCCGCCCGAUCAUCAGCGGGCUGAUAGACCUGUUCACAGAAAAGGAAGCCUUCCUCCUCUCGACGCAUAUCGUCUCCUCGACCAGAGACGACAGCGGCAACAACAACGAGCAAUCCGCACUGGCGAUCGCAGACGCCCACCCCGGCUUCGACGACGCCGCCUUCAGCAGCAGCGGGCGACAGUCCGACAUCCAAGCGCUGCGGGACGCCAGCCCCAGCCCCAGCGCGGAGGAAACCCACGAGGCCGCUGCCGCGCGGGAGGGCAUCGUCUACAUCAGGCUGCCGGACCCGCGCGGCAACAUCGGCACGCUCGUCAACGGGGCCGGGCUGGCGAUGAACACGGUGGACGCGCUGGCGGACGCGGGCGGGCGCGCGGCCAACUUUCUGGAUACCGGGGGCAAGGCGACGAGCGAGACGGUCAAGCGGAGUUUUGAGCUUGUUUUGACGGAUGCGAGGGUUAAGUGCAUAUUCGUCAACAUCUUCGGCGGCCUAACGCUCGGCGACAUGAUCGCGCGGGGCGUCGUGCUCGCGUUCCGGGACCUGCGCAUGUCGGUGCCCGUCGUGGUGCGGAUCCGCGGCACCAACGAGCAGGAGGGCCAGCGGAUCAUCGCCGAGAGCGGACUGCCGCUGUUCGCGUUUGACGACUUUGACGAGGCGGCUGCUAAGGCUAUCGAGCUGGCGAGCGAGGGGUUGUCGGAGUCGUAG